UGUUUCCUGGGCAAAGCUUCUUGCCUCUUAAAGAUUAAAUCAGAAGAAAGUUGUACCAAUCUGAAUAUGUGCUGUUAGGCAGCUGAGGUCCUCUUUGGAAAAAUGUCUAUAGGGUUUGACUUCCUGAAAUCACCACCUGAUAGAGAGUGAGAGAGAAAUAGUGGAAGCAGAAAAAUCUGUGUAACCAUGGAUCUAAAAUACAUUUCUGAGGAUGUGGGUAGGAGGGGUUUGGUAUUUGUGAAAUCACUUGUCUGUCUUUUCUGCUUUGAAAUUUGCUCUCUAAUAUUGUAGAAGCAGGUCAUAUAUAGGGCUGUAUGCAGGAGCCCUCAGAACUCCAGCUCUUGUGACACCAAGCUAAAAUCAUGAGCAACUGGAGCUGUGAAUAGGGAACAAAAUAAACUUAGAUUGUAAUUGGAGUCUGUGCAUACACACCAUAUGCAGUUCAGUGGGGCAUUGAUCCCUGACUGCCCUCUAAGCAUUACUGUAAUACAACUGAUGUCAGAGCCAACACUAACUGUGCAAAGGGCUGGGUGCCUAUUGGCUAAGUUAUCACAAAAAUUGUCCUUAACCUUUAUUAAGUUUCCCUUAGAUCAUUCCGUCAGAGCAGCAGUUUGCAGGACAUUUCAAUGAGUGUCUGCUAUCUACAAGAGCAGCAUCCAUUUUAGAGAAAUUUGCACACUAUUUGUGCUUUGGCAGCAACUAAGUAACAUAACACCUCUGUGUAUGUCAUAGUACUGGAGAAAGUGUUGAUAAUGUGUUCAGCCUUGUACAAACCAACAAAUACAGUUUCUGCUUUGGAGACCACAGUCUAGAGAGAUUCACAAAGAUGACAGACAGGCUGCACAGAGAAGUCCAAAGUUAAGGAUAAUUUAGGAUUAAGGCUUCUAUAGUUUAACUGUAAAUAGCUGUAUUUGCUCUGCAGAAUAUGUUUUGUUAGGGACAUGAGUGGUUGGGGGCUUGGCUAAUUGGCUUACAAAAGCAUUCAGGUUUGAGUGGCGAAUUCGUUUGGGAAGAGGACCAGGAUUAAAAUGCUCAGUGUUAAGACUUGUAUCAUUGGAAGAACAGAGUCAUAAACAGGAAGUGAGAAAUAUGGUCUACUAUCUAGGUUGUUGCUGGCAGUUGGGGGAAAAAGACUCCCUAUCAAAGCUGUUUAAAUGAGAAUGUCCCUGGCGCAGAGAGUGCUGCUCACAUGGCUUUUCACAUUACUCUUCCUGAUCAUGUUGGUGUUAAAAUUGGAUGAUAAAGCACCAUGGAACUGGUUUCUUAUCUUUAUUCCAGUUUGGAUAUUUGAUACUAUCCUACUCGUUAUGCUAAUUGUAAAAAUGGCUGGGCGAUGUAAAUCUGGCUAUGACCCUCGCAAUGGUUCUCAAAAUGUAAAGAAAAAGGCCUGGUACCUCAUCGCAAUGCUGCUUAAAUUAGCUUUCUGCCUUGCCCUCUGUGCUAAACUGCAACAAUUUACUGAAAUGAAACUAGUGUAUGUCUUUAUCCCCUUAUGGGCCUUACUCAUGGGGGGAAUGAUUGAGCUUGGAUAUAACAUCUUCUACGUACGAAGAGACUAAGUUGUAACAAAACUUUUUCAAGUUGACCAGUAUCAAAUUACUGGAUCAUCCUAUCUUGGUACAAGCUUAAACUUCACACAGCAACUACAAAUGUCAGUCUGAAAAUUUUAUUUAAGACAGGCUGGUAUUAAAGUGGAUUUGUUCAGUUCUUAUUUUAGAACGGUCACAAAUAUCGUCAUGUAAAUAAAGUAUGUUUGACUUCA